AUUUGUGUUUUCUGCGUCUCUGUUCUCGCGUGCCACGCUGUUGAUGACGACAGCGUACACUGCUGCAACAAGGUGGUGUGCACUCAUGAGUGCAUUAUUGUGACACUUUUGUUGGCACACCAGCCCUAAAGAGCAGUGACACGGUGGGUUUGCCCAGAAGAGGCCACUGCACCUGAGGUCCGUGGUGCAAGGUGCUUGCAAUUUGGCGGCGCCAAGUAACAGUCUUGCACCAGGGCGUUGCGUUGUGUGGGUAACCCAGAGAGGCGGGGGAGCAGAUGGCGCUCGAGCCUGCGGGGGACAGCCUUCUGGACUUGAGUGUGCAGGGGACGCAAGACAACUUGGGAAUUAGGCCCUACGCACAGAACGGAGACCCACAGGAGAGCGGGGACGACACGAAUCACAGCAAGAGGCGUUACGCCGAAGCGCAGCAGAGCAUCCACGGGGACACGGCUGCACGGCGACGAGCCAUCACCGAGCUGCUGUUCUUUGCCAGCGUGGGCGACAUACGGCGCUGCCAGCGCAUAGUGCGGAUUUGGAACCUGCAGGUCUCUGACCCAACUUGUUGCGAUUAUGACAAGCGCACGCCACUGCACCUGGCAGCCAGUGAGGGCGCGUACCAGGUCACUGAAUGGCUGCUGGCGCAGCGGGUGGAUAUCAACUCCCUGGACCGCUUCAAGCGCACGUCGCUGGAGGAUGCCGUGCGCGGUGAGUUUCGAGAGGUGGCCAAGCUGCUGACCGACAAUGGUGGCAAGGUUUUCGAGGAUGGCGGCCUGGUGGAGCUCAAGGACAGCAAGCUGGCGGGGGUGUUUGGCUACGUCCCGCAACAGAUGUUUGACUUCGACCCCGAGUGGGAGAUUGACCCUGACUCGCUGGAGAUCAUGGAGAAGCUGGGAGAGGGCGAGUUUGGUGUGGUGCACAAGGCCAAGUGGUAUGGCACGUUGGUGGCAGCCAAAAUUUUAAAGGGCUCCAAUGAAAUCGCGCUGGGUGACUUCCGUGGAGAGAUCGAGAUUCUGCGGCGCGUGCACCACCCUAAUGCCGUGCAGUUCCUGGGCGCCUGCACCAAGAAGGAGCCCUUCAUCCUGGUCACGGAGCUCAUGAGCGGCGGCUCGCUGGCAGAUGCCUUUCGGCGCCCACAGGUCUUCCCCAUCAGGCGGGCGGUGGAAAUCGCGCUGGAUGCGGCACGCGGCCUGGCGUACCUGCACCACAGGAAGCCCAACCCCAUCAUCCAUCGAGAUUUGAAGCCGGGCAACCUGAUGCUCAGCGGCGGACAGUACCAGGACCAGAUGCAAAUUGUGUUUGACACGGGCAUGGUGAAGCUGGCCGAUUUUGGUCUAUCCAAGACGCUGCCCAUCAACAAGCAUGCAGAAUAUGGCUACCUGGACUCCAAGUUUAGGCUUACCGGCGAAACGGGCUCCUACCGGUACAUGGCACCCGAGGUGUUCCGGCACGAGCCCUACAACAGCCGUGUGGAUGUGUACUCCUUUUCCAUGAUUGUCUAUCAGCUGUUCGAGUUUCAGCCGCCAUUUGCGGGGAUGGACCCAGUGGAGGCGGCGCGGCAAGCGGCGCUGUAUGAGCGGCGGCCAGAGUUUGUGGCGCUCAUGCAGCCGCAUGUAAUGAAGAAGGAGGUGCGGGAGCUGAUCGCGCGGUGCUGGAGCCCCAACCCUGAGGACCGACCUGCUUUUGCCACACUUAUGAAGGAGCUGGAGGACAUUUUGGCCAAGUUGCCACGUACUGUCAUGGUUCGGCAACCAGAAGAGAGCGGCUGCUGCACUGUGUCGUGAAGCCUCACUUUAUGAUCCGCUGCGCUGUAUUGAGCCUGGCAGCCACCGGUAAAGUGCACACGUCCUUUACAAACCCUCUGACUCACUGCUGAUAUGCACGCAGCUUGUUGGCAAAUGGCCUUUUUGACUGCACCGAUUUUUAUGAAACCAUCACAUCUU